AUGGCAAAACAAGUCUUAGCAAGCGAGCGAAAGAAACAGAUCACUAUUCGUGGUUUAGGCGGAUUGGUCGGUUUAGAAAAUGUUCCGGGGUUAAAGUUAGGAUUUAAUCGGCACCUGCACUUCACUCUGGUGAAAGACCGUAAUGUGGCUACCAUGAGGGAUUACUACUUGGCGCUAGCACACAUUGUGCGUGAUCAUCUGGUGGGCCGCUGGAUACGAACCCAGCAGUACUAUUACGAUAAGGAUCCCAAGCGAAUUUAUUAUCUAUCUCUGGAGUUCUACAUAGGCCGCACCCUGCAAAAUACGAUGAUUAAUCUAGGUAUAGAAAGUUCUUGUGAUGAAGCAAUGUACCAGCUGGGCUUAGAUAUUGAAGAACUGGAGGAAAUUGAAGAUGAUGCUGGGCUUGGUAAUGGAGGUUUAGGAAGGCUUGCAGCCUGUUUCCUUGAUUCCAUGGCAACACUGGGCUUGGCUGCUUAUGGGUAUGGUAUAAGAUAUGAAUAUGGGAUUUUCAAUCAGAAGAUCAAAGAUGGGUGGCAGGUGGAGGAAGCUGAUGAUUGGCUACGACAUGGUAACCCUUGGGAAAAGGCUCGUCCAGAAUAUGUACUGCCCGUUUACUUCUAUGGCCAUGUACUGCAUACCAAAGAUGGUGUCAAGUGGAUUGAUGCAGAGGUAGUUCUUGCCAUACCGUACGAUACUCCAGUGCCAGGAUACCUGAACAACACUGUGAAUACUAUGAGGCUGUGGUCUGCCAAAGCACCAAAUGACUUCCACUUGCAUCACUUUAAUGUUGGGGACUAUAUCCAGGCAGUGUUGGACAGAAAUUUGGCUGAAAAUAUUAGCAGAGUUCUCUACCCGAAUGAUAAUUUUUUUGAGGGCAAAGAAUUGAGACUAAAGCAGGAAUACUUUGUUGUUGCUGCCUCACUUCAAGACAUUAUCCGUCGCUUCAAGUCUUCUAAAUUUAGUUGCAAGGAUACUAGGAAUUGUUUUGAUUCCUUCUCUGACAAGGUGGCAAUUCAACUGAAUGACACUCAUCCUGCUUUGGCAAUUCCAGAGUUAAUGAGGAUUUUAGUGGACCUCGAGAAAAUUGAUUGGGAUCAGGCUUGGACUAUCACUAAGAAAACAUUUGCAUAUACUAAUCACACAAUUUUACCUGAAGCCCUUGAGCGCUGGCCUGUGGGCCUCUUUGAGAAACUCCUACCCAGGCAUCUGGAGAUUAUCUAUGAGAUUAAUCAGAGGCAUCUAAAUGCAAUUCGAACUUUUUAUCCUGAAGAUAACCAACGUUUAAGAAGAAUGUCACUGAUAGAAGAGGAUGGAGAAAAGAAGAUAAAUAUGGCACACCUUUGUAUUGUUGGUUCUCAUACAGUGAAUGGCGUAGCCAAGAUUCAUUCCAAGAUCAUCAAAGAUCAAGUAUUUAAGGACUUCAGUGAUAUCGAGCCAGCAAAAUUUCAGAAUAAAACGAAUGGAAUCACACCAAGACGUUGGCUUUUGCUUUGCAAUCCAGGACUGGCUGCUCUUAUAGCUGAGAAAAUAGGAGGGGAUUAUAUUAAGGAUCUGAGCCAGUUGCAGAAGUUACAUGCCUAUGUGAAUAAUGAUCAGUUCAUUCGUGACCUUGCUUCAGUAAAACAGGGGAAUAAAGUCAAGCUUGCUUCUCUACUAGAAAAGGACUAUGGAAUUCAGAUCAAUGUAUCUUCCAUGUUUGAUGUGCAUGUGAAGAGAAUCCAUGAAUAUAAAAGGCAGUUGAUGAACUGCCUUUAUGUUAUUGUUAUGUACAACCGAAUUAGAAAAGAACCGAACAAGAAUUUUGUUCCAAGAACUGUUAUGAUAGGUGGCAAGGCUGCUCCUGGUUAUUAUAUGGCUAAAUUGAUUAUUAAACUCAUCACAUCUGUGGCACAAAAAGUGAACAAUGACCCUAUAAUUGGUAACAAGUUAAAGGUUAUUUUCUUGGAAAACUACAGAGUCUCACUGGCUGAAAAAGUUAUUCCAGCAACAGACCUGUCACAGCAAAUCUCCACAGCUGGCACAGAGGCUUCUGGCACAGGAAAUAUGAAGUUCAUGCUGAAUGGUGCCCUGACUAUUGGUACUAUGGAUGGAGCAAAUGUGGAAAUGGCUGAGGAAGCUGGUGAAAAAAGUAUGUUCAUUUUUGGCAUGAGGGUUCAAGACGUGAAGGAACUGGACAAGAAAGGAUAUAAUGCUUCCCAAUAUUAUGAAAAAAUUCCAGAAUUGAAAGAAGUGAUCGAUCAGAUUGCAAGUGGAUAUUUUUCUCCAAAUCAACCUGAACUUUUCCGAGAUAUUCUGAAUAUGCUUUUUCAUCAUGAUAGGUUCAAAGUGUUUGCUGAUUUUGAAUCCUAUAUCAGUAUUCAAGAAAAAGUCAACCAGUUAUACCAGAACCCAAUAGAAUGGACCAAAAUAGUAAUUAAAAACAUAGCUUCUUCUGGAAAGUUCUCCAGCGAUCGAGCGAUUACAGAGUAUGCCCGUGAUAUCUGGGGUGUUGAACCCAAAUUCUUGAAGAUUCCUGCUCCUACCGAAUCAAAGGAACUUGCAGAACAAUCAGCAAAAGAAUUAAAACAGCUUGAAAAGAAAAUGGAACAGUUUGAGUUUCCAAUUGAAAGCAGAAGAAAAAGAAAGAAUAUUCUUACCCAGAAGAAAGGCAUUGGUCCUCCGGCUGUUGAACUGACCUGGUGGCCACAUUCAGAAUUUCAACUGAAAACAAAACACCACUGGACACCGAGAUUGAAUCCGGACCAAACUGCCAGCGGUCAGACAGCUGCUCCGCCCACUAACCGAUCCCGACCAGGUCACGCCCCCUUUCCGACACCAGGCUCCACAGGCAACCUGCGCUCUAGGCCACGCCCUCUGCGCGAGACCACACUCAGCACACAACUCCAGGCCACGCCUCCUGUCCGAGACCACAUUCAGCACACAACACGAGCUCCAGGCCACGCCCCCUCACCCGAGACCAGGCUCUGCCCACAACCUGAGCUAGAGGCCACGCCCCCUGUCCGAGACCAGGCUCAGCAGGCAACCCGAGCCCCAGGCCACGCCCCUUGUCCGAGACUACUCUCAGCACACAACCCGAGCUCCAGGCCACGCCCCCUGAGCCGAGACCAGGCUCUGCCCACAACACGAGCUCGAGGCCGUGCCUCCUGCGCGAGACCAGGCUCUGCACAGAAUACGAACUUCAGGUUUGUGGGCUCUGAUAUUCUACUGGAGUCCCCCAAUUCUUCCAUCAGAAUUAAAACAGUAGAACGCCAGAAAUAUAUGGUGUAA